CAUCACUCCAGUUACCCAGAAGCCCUUGAAAAGACGAGAGAUGCCCUUUUGAGAUGACUGACACUGGAACAAACUUCAUAUCUGGUUUAGGAAGCUGAUGAAUCAUGGAGAGGCUGGUGUUUUACGUGCUGGUGUUCGGCGCGCUGGUGAAGGCUCAGCAUUGCCCGGGCCGCUGCAUCUGUCAGACCAUCUCGCCCACGCUCACGCUCCUCUGUGCCAAAACCGGCCUGCUGUUCGUGCCGCCCACCAUCGACCGCAAGACCGUCGAGCUGCGUCUGACCGACAACUUCAUCACGGCCGUCCGCCGAAAAGACUUCGUCAACAUGACGAGCCUGGUGCACCUCACUCUGUCCCGCAACACCAUCAGCCAGAUCGCGCCGCACGCGUUCCUCGGCCUGAAGUCUCUGAGAGCGCUGCACAUGGACGGGAAUCGACUGACGGUCAUCAACAGCGACCAGCUGCAGGGAUUGAUCAACCUCAGGCACCUGAUCCUGGGCAAUAAUCAGGUUCACCACAUCGAACUGUCCUCCUUCGACGAGUUCGUCUCCACCAUCGAGGACCUGGAUUUGUCCUACAACAACCUGAGGACGUUACCGUGGGAAGCCAUCGCCAGGAUGACCAACAUCAACACCUUAACGCUGGACCACAAUCUGAUCGACCACAUCGGCGCCGGGACCUUCACGCUCCUCACCAAGCUGGUGCGGCUGGACAUGACGUCCAACCGUCUGCAGACGCUUCCGCCGGACACACUGUUCCAGCAGGCGCAGGUGCUGUCCGAGCCCAGAGCGUCAGGCUCGUCCCGGCUGACGGUCAGCUUCGGAGGAAACCCGCUGCACUGUAACUGUGAGCUGCUCUGGCUGCGGCGCCUGACGAGUGAGGACGACCUGGAGACCUGCGCUUCUCCUGAACUCCUGAUGGACAGGUACUUCUGGUCCAUUCAAGAGGAGGAGUUCAUCUGCGAGCCGCCGCUCAUCACCAAACACCAGGUCACCAAACCCUAUGUGAUGGAGGGUCAGGGCGUGACUCUCAAGUGUAAGGCGAUGGGCGACCCCGAUCCUACCAUUCACUGGCGCUUUCCCGACGGCAAACUGGUGCACAAUAACUCGCGCACGAUCCUGUACGACAACGGCACGCUGGACAUCCUGAUCACCACGCUGAAGGACAGCGGCGCCUUCAACUGCGUGGCCUCCAACGCCGCCGGCAUCGCCACCGCAGCCGUGGAGGUCAACAUGAUCCCGCUGCCGCUCUUCGUCAACAACUCGGGUCACAUGAGGGAGGCCGACCCGGGACUCUCCGACAUCACCACCUCCACCAAAUCCGGCAGCAACGACACCAAACCGCAGAACAAGAGGGUGCUGGUGGAAAACCUGACCGCAAACUCGGCCGUCAUCCACUGGCCGUCCGAACGGCACAUUCCCGGGAUCAGAAUGUACCAGAUCCAGUACAACAGCACCGUCGACGACACCCUGGUGUACAGGAUGAUUCCGUCGGCCAGUAAGACGUUCAGGAUCAACGAUCUGGCGGCGGGUCGCGAGUACGAGCUGUGCGUGUUGGCGGUGUAUGAUGACGGCAUCACGUCUCUGACGGCCACACGCGUGGUGGGCUGCGUUCAGUUCCACACGGGCGCCGAGGCGGGUCAGUGCCGCUUCAUCCCCAGCCAGUUCCUCGGCGGCACCAUGAUCAUCAUCAUCGGCGGCAUCAUCGUGGCCUCCGUCCUCGUCUUCAUCAUCAUCCUCAUGAUCCGCUACAAGGCUUACGGCGGAGCCGACGCGGCCAAAGCCAAAGCGCAAGGAGACGCCAGCGUAAACGUGCACUCGCAGACCAACGGGAGUCGCCCGGGACGCUCCGGCUCGAAGCAGGAGGAGCGACCCGAGUCGCCCGGCGGGAAAGACUGCAAGGCGCUGGUGCUGCUGAAGAUGGAGGAAAUGCAGGAGGAGCUCAAAGUCGAGCUUCCGUCUGAGAAAGCGCCGCCGUUGUUGUCUCGGAGAGCCAGUUUGGGCGACGAAACGCAGACGGACAGCAGCCUGACGGGCUCCACCAUGUCCCUCUGUCUGAUCGGCCCUGGGGCCAACCCGGCCGAGCCCCCUCGGAAGGGGCCGCUGGCCAACAUGGGGCUCCUGCCCAGCGAACUGGCCCGGACUCGGCAUCGUUUCUCCUUCGACGGAGACUAUGCUCUAUUCCAGAGCCACAGUUACCCGCGACGGGCUCGAACCCGCCGGCACAAAUCCACCACCCAGCUGAACACAGACGUGUCACCACCCUGCAGCCGGAGGGUGACGUUCAGCAGCACAGAGUGGAUGUUGGAAAGCACGGUGUGA